AAUAUACAUUUUAGCCUCAUAUUGAUCUCAUUAGAAGCAAACUCCAUUAGGUCAAUUUAACUAACACAGCAGACAUUGUAUGUCAGUUAUUUAUUAAGAUAUUGUUGUUGAAUAACUGCAUGUGUGUGUGUUUAUUUCUUAAAGCAUUUGUCCAUACCCAGCUCAUACAAUGAGGGUAUUAGUGUGAUGCAACUGGGAUUAUGUGAGAUUAUAUUUUGGGCUAUUAGCUACACUUUUUUUUAAUGUGUUUAUUAUUAUUAUUAUAGUUUACCAUUGUGUCUGUUAACAUUUCGCGCGUGUGGAAUAAUACGUCAGACAUGGGAUUAAGAGAAGUGGGUUGGCCCUGUGCUAUCCACGGCUAUCCUCCUGCUCUGCUUCACCUCAGCUGCGGCUGUUGGUGUGUCAGGCGUCGAGCACAGAGGGACCAUUUCAGUGCAUCACAGAGCUGAACCUGUUCGUCGGAACAACAGUCCCUUAGCUUUUGGACGAGGCUCAGGUAGCGACAUUUCUAAAUAAAUAUGAGGACACAUGUAGGAUAAAUCCACGGGCUGCUUCUGAAUGGAGGAUGGAUUCCUGAAGCUUCCUUUUUCUUCCGGACCGCGCGUUCCGAUUUGGCGAGAGUGAAAACCAGAAGGAAACACCAGAAGAAAACCAGAUCGGACCUCGCCAUGGAUGUGAGAGUGCAGUGAUGUUGUGAGAACAGCUGUGACUGAAAUAAAGUCAGAUACAAAUAAAAACAAGUUCUGCAGAACACUGUAUUUGUGCAUUUUACGGAUCAGGUGCGGCAGAUGUUUGUUUGUUAAGGAUAUUGAUCCUGAGCACCGAGCAGACCCCCCCCCCCCCUACACACAGACCGGAGGAUGAUCCCCGGGGCCCCCGGCACGACCAUCACCAUGCUCCCCGCCUGCGAGGCUGCUAAAAUCUACCAGACCAACUACGUGCGGAACUCCCGCGCUAUCGGCGUCCUUUGGGCCAUUUUCACCAUCCUCUUCGCCAUCGUCAACGUGGUGUGCUUCAUCCAGCCGUACUGGAUCGGAGACGGCAUGGACACCCCGCAGGCGGGCUACUUCGGUCUGUUCCACUACUGCAUCGGCAACGGGCUGUCCCGGGACUUGACCUGUCAGGGCAGCUUUACCGAGUUCAGCACCAUCCCCUCCGGUGCGUUCAAGGCCGCCUCUUUCUUCAUCGGCAUGUCCAUGGUGCUGGUUAUCACCUGCAUCGGCUGCUUCACGCUCUUCUUCUUCUGCAGCACCGGCACCGUGUACAAGAUCUGCGGCUGGAUGCAGCUGUCUGCAGGUACAUGUUUGGUUCUGGGCUGCAUGAUCUACCCGGACGGCUGGGACAGCGACGAGGUGAAGCGGAUGUGUGGCGAGGAGACGGACAAGUACACACUGGGGGCCUGCUCGGUGCGCUGGGCCUACAUCCUGGCCAUCAUGGGCAUCAUGGACGCCCUCAUCCUCUCCUUCCUGGCCUUCGUCCUGGGGAACCGUCAGGACAGUCUGAUGUCUGAGGAGCUGCUGGGAGACAAGAGCGGAAAUAACGCCAUAUAACAGCUGGUGAUGAUGAAGCACACGGAGGUUUUGCGAACUAGACGUGAUUCAGGAUCCAGCUGCCCUCUCCUGGUCCAACCUGUGGCUGCGAUGCGGAGCUUAUGUUUGGGGAAAGAACAGAUCAGAGAAGAGGAGGUCUGGAAGAGGCCACGUCACUUUGGAGGAGACCAGGAUGCCGCUUGUCCUCUCUGAAAGCUCACCCCCCCACCUGUAAAAAAAUAUCCUUCUCAUUCAUCUAAAACUGCUCAUUGUUGCAGGAUUCAUUCUCAAAAAGACUUAAAGUUUACUUGUUGGUAUGUCACUGCGUCAUCUUACCCGAGCUGUUCAGACUGAAAUGUUUGUCUGUGUGGAUGUGAGGAACGCUGCCGGCACACGAGGUCAGCUGGAGGUCAUCAGCUCGUGGACACGCACCGCGGAUGACAUCAAAACAAAGGAUCCGGACGGUGUCCGACACAAACGAGCUGUCGAUAAAACUUCCUCCUUGGCUUUGACACGGUUUGACCUUUUGAUUUAAAGGUGAGGACUUGAGAAAAUGACAGUUCUGUUAUAAUUAAAUGUUUGAUGUGAUUAUUACAGAGAUUGUUGUAAUUAGACGUUUUGCUGGUGACAACUUUGCAAAAUGGAUAUUAAAUAGGAGAAAACAUCACGUGUAUAGUCUGUGUUUAUAACGAUAUGUUGAUUAUGUCCCUGUACUUUGUCUUGACUUUGAAAUGUACACUUUGAAAUGUCAAGCUAUUGGUCCAUUAUCAGUGUGUGCCAUACAGUAUAUUGUAUCUGACAGUAUUGUGAAGUACUAACAGGGCUGAACUGAACAUAAACUGAAGGUGGAUA